AUGGCGGCGCUGGGGGCGCUGGUGAAGAAGGCGUGGAGCGUGCGGAGGUUCGUGGUGCUGCUGUGCGCGCCGCUGGCGCUGGUGCCCAUCCUGCUCAGCCUCCCUCCCAAGGAAGGAAGAUGCCUCUAUGUGAUCCUGCUGAUGGCCCUGUACUGGUGCACCGAGGCCCUGCCCUUGGCUGUGACAGCUCUGCUGCCCAUCGUCCUCUUUCCCUUCCUGGGCAUCCUCCCAUCUAACAAAGUUUGCCCACAAUACUUUUUAGACACCAAUUUCCUGUUCCUCAGUGGUUUAAUCAUGGCCUCAGCCAUUGAGGAGUGGAAUUUACACCGCAGGAUCGCUCUCCGGGUGCUCAUGUUGGUGGGAGUCCAGCCAGCCAGACUAAUCUUAGGGAUGAUGUUGACAACGUCUUUCCUGUCCAUGUGGUUAAGUAAUACUGCCUCCACUGCUAUGAUGCUUCCAAUUGCAAAUGCAAUUUUAAAAAGCCUCUUUGGGGAGAAAGACACAUCUAAGGAUCUGAACAGGGAAAAUGAAGAAAACCAAGCAUCUUUACAGCAGAAUAAACUUUACACUGUACCAACUGAGAUGCAGUUUCUGGCAAGUACUGAGGACAAAGAUCUGGCGGAGGAGAAGGAGCUUUCCAGUGAUGCUCUCUCAGACUUAAAGAAGGAGGAGGAAUACAAAACAAACAUAUGGAAAGGUUUCCUCAUCUCAAUCCCAUAUGCAGCCAGCAUUGGAGGUACAGCAACGCUGACAGGAACUGCACCAAACCUCAUCCUUCUGGGACAGCUGAAGAGUUAUUUUCCAGAAUGUGAUGUGGUGAACUUUGGUUCUUGGUUUAUGUUUGCAUUUCCUUUAAUGCUGAUUUUUCUUCUCAUGGGAUGGCUAUGGAUCUCCAUCCUGUAUGGAGGAAUUAACCUGAGGGGCUGGAAAACAAAAAAGUCAAAUUUAAGAGUGGAUGCAGAAGCCCGAGCCAAGGAGGUGAUAAAGGAGGACUAUCAGAAACUGGGUCCAACAAAGUUUGCAGAACAGGCAAUUUUCUUCUUCUUCUGCAUGUUUGCAAUCAUGCUGUUCUCCAGGGAUCCCAAAUUCAUUCCAGGCUGGGCAAGCUUGUUUGCACCAGGGUUUAUCUCAGAUGCAGUUACAGGAAUCACCAUUGUGAUUAUACUGUUCUUCUUCCCUUCACAAAAACCUUCCUUCAGGUGGUGGUUUGACUUGAAAGCACCAAACACAGAGACCCAGCCUUUGCUGACUUGGAGGAAGGCCCAGGAGACAGUGCCCUGGAACAUCAUCCUGCUGCUUGGAGGAGGCUUUGCCAUGGCCAAGGGCUGUGAGGAGUCUGGCUUGUCUGUGUGGAUAGGAGGCCGUCUGCAUCCCCUGGAGGGUGUGCCACCUCCCGUGGCUGUCAUCCUCAUCACAGUUGUCAUUGCCUUGUUCACGGAGUUUGCCAGCAACACUGCCACUAUUAUCAUCUUUCUGCCUGUCUUGGCAGAGCUGGCCAUUCGUCUGAAAGUGAAUCCCCUCUAUUUAAUGAUACCAGGAACUAUAGGAUGCUCCUAUGCAUUCAUGUUGCCAGUCUCAACACCUCCCAACUCAAUUGCCUUUUCCUCUGGACAUUUGAUGGUCAAGGAUAUGGCAAGAACUGGGUUGCUCAUGAAUCUUAUGGGAGUUCUGCUUCUUAGCCUGGCUAUGAACACAUGGGCCAAGAGCAUCUUCCAGCUGGGGACCUUCCCUGCAUGGGCCAACAUCCAUGCAGAAAAUGCCACCUCACUUGUGACAGCUGUAGAAAAUGUCACUUUAAGUGCACUAAAUAAAAUAUGA